GAAAACCGUCCGAUCCCAGAACCGGGUCCCAAUGAGGUCCUCCUGCGGAUGCAUUCCGUUGGGAUCUGUGGGUCCGAUGUUCACUACUGGCAGCACGGUCGAAUCGGGGAUUUCGUUGUCAAGAACCCCAUGGUGUUGGGGCACGAAGCUUCCGGGACUGUCGUCAAAGUGGGAUCAGGGGUGACUCAUCUGAAACCAGGUGACCGUGUGGCCAUCGAGCCCGGUGUCCCAAGAGAAAUGGACGAGUUCUGCAAAACCGGCCGCUAUAACUUGUCUCCGACCAUCUUCUUCUGUGCGACGCCUCCUGACGAUGGCAACUUGUGCCGCUACUACAAGCACAGUGCCAGCUACUGCUACAAGCUCCCAGAUAAUGUCACCUUUGAAGAAGGAGCCCUUAUCGAGCCCCUUUCGGUGGGAAUCCACGCCUGCAGAAGAGCCGGAGUCACUCUGGGAAGCAAAGUCUUUGUGUCUGGCUCUGGACCAAUUGGCCUUGUUAACGUGCUCGUUGCCAAGAUGAUGGGUGCAGCAGCUGUGGUAAUUACAGAUUUAUCUGCCUCUCGCCUAGAAAAAGCCAAGGAGGUUGGGGCAGAUUUCACUCUCCAGGUGAAGAAUGAGACCCCACAGGAGGUGGCUGCCAAAGUAGAGAGCCUGCUUGGAUGCAUGCCUGAGAUCACCGUGGAGUGUACCGGGGUGCAAGCCUGCAUCCAGGCUGGCAUUUACGCCACUCGUUCCGGUGGUACCUUGGUGCUGGUGGGGCUGGGGUCUGAGAUGGUCACCGUGCCCAUUGUGAAUGCCGCUGUGCGGGAGGUGGAUAUCCGGGGAAUAUUCCGCUACUGCAACACGUGGCCGGUGGCAAUUGCUCUGCUCUCAUCCAAGCGGAUUAACGUCAAGCCCUUGGUUACGCACCGCUUCCCCUUAGAAAAGGCUCUCGAGGCCUUUGAGACCACCAAGAGGGGUGAGGGGGUCAAAGUCAUGCUGAAGUGUGACCCCACCGACCACAACCCCUGAGAUGCAGCAGUGCCUGGCCCUUUUCCUGCCCCGUUUG